AUGAUUGAUAUUAGAUUAUUAAGAGAUGAGAAGACAAGAAAAUUAGUUAAAAAGAGUGAAAGAGACAGAUUUAAAGAUGAUUCAAUAGUUGAUAAAUUGUAUUUAAUGGAUCAAAAAAGAAUUAAACUCAAAUUUAAAAUUGAACAAUUUAACAGAGAAAUCAACAAGAAUCAGAAAGAAAUUAAUCAGGCAAUUAAAUCUAACAAGGGGAAAGUUGAUGCUAAAGAGAUUAUUAGUCAACUUGAAAAAGUUGAUCUUAAAAAGGAUAAAGGUGAAUUAGAGAAAGAGUUGAAAGAACUUGAGAGUGAGAUAAAUAUUUUAUUAGUAAGCAUAGGAAAUGUACUUAGUGAUAAAGUACCAGUUUGUAAGACAGAGGAUGGUAAUUUAACUGUUAAAACAUUUAAAAAAGAAGGUUGUGUAGUUAAGAAACAUAGUUUUGUAAAACUAAUGGAACAGUAUACUAAUGCAGUAGCAGGUUCAUUAGUGCUAGGUCAUAGAGGUUACUUUUUACAAGGAAAAAUGGCUCAACUGGCACUAGCUUUAAAGACAUACGCAUUAACAUUUUUAAGUGAGAGAGGAUACAUUCACAUACAAACACCUGUAAUGAUGAAAAGAGAGGUGAUGAAAAACACAGCUCAAUUGAGUGAUUUUGAUGAUCAACUUUAUAAGGUUGAUGGUGGGUAUUAUUUAAUAGCAACAUCAGAACAACCGCUAUCAGCACUUCAUAUGAAUCAACAUAUGCAACCAACUGAGUUACCUAAAUGUUACGCAGGUGAGUCACUUUGUUUUAGAAAAGAAGCAGGUGCAUAUGGUAAAGAUAAUGCUGGUUUAUUUAGAGUACAUCAAUUUGAAAAAAUAGAACAAUUUGUGAUUUGUAAUCCAGAUGAGUCGGAUGAGUAUCUUGAGAAAAUGAUAAAAACAGCAGAAGAGUUUUUAGCGUCAUUAGAUAUUCCAUACCGCAUAGUUUGUAUUGCAUCAGGUGAAAUGAAUGAUUCAGCAAGUCUUAAAUAUGACAUUGAGGCAUGGUUUCCUGAAUCUCAAAAAUACAGAGAGUUAGUUAGUGCAUCCAAUUGUACAGAUUAUCAAUCAAGGAGUAUGUCAGUUUAUUAUGGAAAUGUAAAAAAUAAAACUGAAAGACCAGUCUUUGUACACAUGCUUAAUGCUACACUUUGUGCAGUACAAAGAAGUUUAUGUUGUAUUGUAGAAAAUUAUCAAAAUGAUGAUGGAACAAUUACAGUUCCUAAUGUUUUAAGAAAAUUUUUAAAUUUUGAUAAAUUUUAA